AUGCUCCGGCCUUCCCUUGCUGCGGCCGUGCAAUGGUCUAGCCAGACUGCUAGUCGACCCACCAGCGAAGGGAUGGUGGGCCGCGUGUACAGCAGCGGAGGGAAGGGUCCCGUUGGAGGCUACACAUACCCGUAUGUGGCCGCCGCCGCAGUCGUGCCCCCUGCGACUGCGCCAGCCCACGCCCCAACCACAGCGGUGGCGCCAGCACCCGCGCUGGCCGCGCCCACCGCGCCGGAGCCACCCGCCGCGGACGCCCGGGAAGCAGAGCGCCUGCGACGGGAGCUGCGAAAAGCAGAGGAGAAGGCCAACUUCUUUCGGAAUCAGGUGCUCACCCUGCAGCAGCAGAUUGCGGCGAUGAGUUCGCCCAUCAUGGCUCAGCAGGACGCUUCGCAGCUGCCGGAAGAGUUGGCGCGGCUGCGGCAGGAGCUGAACCAAACGCGACAGGAGCUGUCUGAAGAGCGACGGCAGCGGAAAGAGGCCGAGCAACAGCUGGAGCACAUUUCGCGUGCCUGUGGCGUGCCCGACGCUGAGAGCGCCCUGGCGCUACUGAGUCGUGCGCAGGCACAGCGGGAGGAGCUCAGCGGAGCACAGGCGCAGGUGGAGGCGCUGCAAAAGCAACUGUCAGUGACCAGGCAGCAGCUGGAGGAGCGCGUUCUCCCCGAUGGCCCCAGCUGGACGUCGGCGGUGACGGUGCCGGCGCUCUCCUUCCCGGAGCUGGGCACUGGCAUGGUGGUCUCAGAGGCCUUCGGCAUCGACUUCCUGGACCCCAAGUGCCCAGCAGGACCCAAGAGAGCCUUGAUCGUGGGCUGCGAUUACCCGCAGAAGCCUGGGACGAUCCGUGCUGGGAUCAUUGAUGCCAUGCAGUGGUAUCGCUUCUUUCAAUCCAGAUGUGGCUUCACGGACAAGGACAUGCGCCUUCUGGCGGAUGAUGCCUCCAAUGUCCCAGUGGACAGCCUGAACGCCACGCGGGAGAACCUGCUGCGAGGCUUGGCAUGGCUGGUGGCCCGGAGUGCUCCAGGCGAUCAGCUUUUCUUUAUCUUCUGCGGUCAUGGCGCUCAGAUCCCUGUGCAGGAGACUCCCGAGAGUCGUCUCUGCGAGUGCGCGCUGGUUCCCUCCGAUGCCAUAGAUGGCAAGGAGAACCCGCGGAUGGUUCGGGACUUUGAGAUUCAUCAAGCCUUGGCCACGCUGCCCUCAGGUGUUCAAGUCACCAUGAUCGUGGACGGCUGCCAUGCUGGACAUCCCCUGGAUCGUUUGGGUGACCAUCGCUUUCAUGCUGUGGCCAGAGGGCACGUGGACUACGAGAAGCUCCGACAUCACCCAGUGCUGCCGAGGUUCUUCGAGCUGCCGGACUGGAAGCUGCAGACGGCCUCGCCGAUGGGCCUCAGCUUGCUCCGGUGUCAGGCGGUUCUCUUCAACGCUUGUGCCAACCACCAGUUCUGUGUGGAGCUCCCCAUCGAUGAGUGCAAGGCACGUGGAGUCUUCACCUAUAUCUUCAUGAGUGCCAUCCUGAAGGCGGGCGUCCAAGCCUCUUGCGGGCAGAUUCUCUUCGAGGCCAAAGAGCUCACAGCGCAGCUCCGCGGGAGGCGGGGUUUGGGCCAAAGGCGGUGUGGAUUUUCUGGUGGGUUCUGGUGGGGUGAGAGCUGA